CUGCCGGAGGAAACAAAAAAAAAAAAACGUUCCGUUGAAAAGCGAGACGUGAAGCGGAGUGUAACGGCACAAACUCACCGGCGUCGGGGCCAGCGUCUACAACAAAAGCCUCGCACAAAGCUGAAUGAGAGCGCAAACAUCCACCUCCAGCCUCUGAGUUUACAGACUUUAUCGGCCCAGCGUGUCGCAGACCAGAAGCACAGAUGGACACCAGGAACACCAGCGAAGAGAAACCCGUCCAGCGAUCUAAGUCCUUCAGCUUCAAGACCCAAAAGGAGGUGUGUUCCUCAUGUGAGAAAACGGUCUACCCGAUGGAGAGAUUGGUCGCCAACAACUUGGUCUUCCACUCAUCGUGCUUCUGCUGCAAGCACUGCAACGCCAAACUGAGCCUUGGCACCUUUGCAGCUCUUCAGGGUGAAUUUUACUGCAAACCCCACUUUCAGCAGCUGUUCAAAAGCAAAGGCAACUACGACGAGGGCUUCGGUCGCAAGCAGCACAAAGAGCUCUGGUCCUCCAAGGAGACUGAAAAUAUAUAAUGAAGACAGCCUAGUCAUGUCUGUGUCCCAUCCCGGCCAUGCCUCUUUCUUUUCCUCCUCCUAACACCUCCAAUACAUCACGAUGAACGCAUGCCUCACAUUCUGAGGCACUGUUUUAAUUUCCCACGCGCUCGCUCGCUAUUUAAACGCCAUCAGAACAGAAACGUUCUCAAACAGCAUGGGGAUGGCUGGCCAGUCAUGGUCCAUACCACAAAAAAAAUGUAUUUUGUGGAUAUAUUUUGGGUUCCUGUGUUUGGAAUUUGUAGUUGAUUGUGACCAAAAGCAUUCUCCGCUAUGGAGAGUAUAAUAAUAAUAAUAAUAAUAAUAAGUCACUGCUUUUCAUUAUUUUUUACUAAUUUACACCCUUUUUAUUAAUUAAACCGUAUGCUCAGGCAAACAUAUCCGAGGGGUUCACAGAGCAUCCAUGUUUGGCAGUAGAGCAUACACUCAGGUCGAUUUUCACCCAAGGAUAUACCAGAUACUAUUGCAUAGUUUCACUCACUUUAACAAAACAGUAAUCAUAUGUUGUUUUAGUCCUCAGUAUUGUGACUUUGCUGUCAGACCGUUGUGUUGGUUUGUUAGGUUUCAUACACUUGAGGAACAAACAGGGUACGGAGUACUGUAAAAAAAAAAAACGGCACACAUCAGCAACAGCCCACCUCUUCUGAUUUUAUUUUUGUCUUCAAGUUUUAUUUUUCCUUUAUUGUCCUCUUCAUCCCACGGUUUGUUCUCAUUUUACUGUGAGUUUUAUCCUUGCAUGUUAGGAUGACUGGGUCUUAUUAGCCUUAUCUUAUGACUGUAUUGAUCUUUUUGUGUUGUGAAUGAUUUGUUUCAUUACUGCAUUUAAAAUCACGUUUUAAAGGUUUUUAGAAGCACUUGAGUUUGGGUUUGAUGUCUCGGGCAUAAGAUGAGCCUCUGAGCUUUUUCAUUGAUGGUUGAAAUUUUAAAGAAAUUCUCAGAUUGUGUUUUGUAUACUAUCCGUACGUAGAGCUGUAUUCUGUGAUUAGUGAACAUUCCCCACCGUACUGUACUCUAGUGUUGCACAUAUGACCACACAUGAUCACCGGACGGGAUGAACACAGGGAAACCGAGGCCUUGUUUGGAGGAGCUGAUGGCUUCAUCGAUUACCACAGUUGCAUUUCUGUGUAACAAAUGAGGUCGAUGAUGGACGCAGCUCGAGCCUUGCACGUAACCACACGAUUUUCCUCCUUCGUCAUUCCACGCUUCGGCAGUUGUUGGCGUCUUGUGGUGAUUUUUUUCCCUGCUGUAUUUGAGAGUGUCCGUGUAGCUGGACCCAUUUUAAUCACAGUGUCUUGAAAAUCCAUUGUUGGUUAACCACCCUCCUCUCCCAGUCCCUUCCAUUUUGCGUGGACAGGUUUCUUUUAUAAGUUCAUGCCUUCCUGUUGUUAUCUCCUGUCUUAUUAGCUAAAUACAUCUUAGCAACUGGACCUAUUUCUUGAUAAUGAAUUUGCAUUAGGUGGUUGACAGAGGGUUUGUCACUAGUGUCCCCGAUGUGCUCCUGCAUGCUGCAUGCAAAACCCGGUGCAGAGCAUCCCCUGCUGGGGUGUGAAAGUAGUGUUUAGUGUGAGAAGAAGAAAAGCCCCUGAACUCCACAUAGCCUUUAUUCAAAGUGUUUUUUAUAGUAGUCCUCAGUCCACAGUGCAGCUACUGCAGUCAAGACACUUUUUUUUUCUCCAACAUCUAAGAAAUUAACCUAAUUUCCACAUCUACAUUUCGUUCAAUUUAAAGAAUGAGUCUAAAGCCAUUCAAAUAUCUUGUUUUAGAAAAUGUCUGAAUACCACUGAGACUUGACUGACACUUGAAUGACACAAAGUACUUUUUGUGACUGAAGGUUUACUGUGAAUUGAAGCAUGCUGAGCAGAAGAGAAAGCUACACUUGAACGGAUGGAUUUGGAGAAGCCUUAGAAAUAUAUAGGUUACUUUUUUCUUUUUCCUUUUGAGUGCACAGAUCUUAACAAAGAAAUCCCCUGAUAAUGUCUUCUCAAAACAGCUUAGUUUAGAGCCCCAAUUUUUAAUAUAGGAUUACUUACAUGUUUCAUAUCUAACCACCUUUUAUCCACAGAAAAUAAUCUGAGAGGCAUUGUAUAUUUUCCUUUUUUGAAACGUUCAAAUCAUCCCCCGGAUCGUUUGCUGCGGUACAACUACAGAAUCUGUGAAUUGAAACUUCCGAGUGUAACUGAGCAGACGCGGUACACUUGAUGCUGGUGCCAAGAGGCUCAGGUGAAUGAUUGCGAUGUAAUGUUGUAAAUGUUAAACCUGCGAGUCAUUUCAUUUUUGUGCUUCUCUUGAUGUGGACUUACUUUUCAAUGCUGUUGUCAGACACAUGUUAAAUGUACGCAUCUUUGAACAUGUAUUCUGUACAGACUUGACCAGUGGAUUGAGGUGGCCUUACAGCAAAGGACGCUUGGACUGUGUUUGCAGUCGCUCUCCUCUAUUCUCCCUUCUCUCUGUUGCUUAGUUGUGGUAUGGAAGUGUAACAUUAUAAAAUGUAAAGCCCCCCCCCUCCUUUUUACGCCUAUGUAAACAAUCAUUUUGUGCAUUUUCUUUCUUCUUCUUUUUUUUUACAUGCUUUUGGAGAAAAAAAAAUAAAAUGCUGGUGUUGAUUUAA